UUUAAAAAAAAAAUCUUCACUAAUCGAUUGACGAAUUCGUUAAUUGUUUUAUAAAAUCAAAAAAAUGGGAAGAUCGCCUUGUUGCGAGAAGAAUGGGCUGAAGAAAGGGCCAUGGACACCUGAGGAAGAUCAGAAACUCGUCGAUUAUAUUCAGCAACAUGGCUAUGGCAACUGGAGAACCCUCCCCAAGAAUGCCGGUUUGCAGAGAUGUGGCAAGAGUUGCCGGCUCAGGUGGACGAACUAUCUCCGACCAGACAUAAAGCGAGGCCGGUUCUCGUUCGAGGAAGAAGAAACUAUCAUUCAACUUCACAGUAUAUUGGGAAACAAGUGGUCUGCUAUUGCGGCUCGGUUACCAGGACGAACCGACAACGAGAUCAAGAAUUACUGGAACACGCACAUCAGGAAAAAGCUUCUUAGAAUGGGGAUCGAUCCCGUCACGCACAGUCCACGCCUCGACCUCCUCGACAUCUCCUCCAUCCUCAGGUCGUCUCUCUACGAUUCUUCCCACCAGAUGAACAUGGCGAGCUUCUUCAUGGGAAUUCAACCUCUGGUUAACCCAGAAAUUCUCAGGCUCGCGAACUCCCUCUUCUCAUCCCAAACCCUAAACAAUAACCAGAACCGAAGCUUCCUGGUCCAAGAGACUCGAGAGAACGAGGUUUCCGACAGCAAAACGAUGUUGAACCAGUACCAGACGACGCUUCAGACCGAUCCACUUCAGAACACGAUUCAAGAACUCGAAUCUUGCAUGGACCCUCCUGCUUGCUUCACCUCGGGAUUUGUGGAAGAAAGCUCUCAUCAAUGGCGUUGUAAUGAAGUUCCUUCGAAUAUGUCACGAGAUUGUAUGCCUCCAUUGCCGUCGAGCUACGAUUACUCGAGUUCAGGUGCCUUGUUAGAUCCUUCGUGCUAUUCCGACCAAACAUUCAACUUCGCUUCUGUCUUAACGACACCUUCCUCGAGUUCAACCUACAUCAACAGUAGCAGCUGCAGUACUGAAGAUGAAAAGGAGAGUGGCUGCAGUAAUCUCGCGACGUUUGAAAUCCCAGAUUUUUGGGACGUUAAUAAUUUCAUGUAAUUUCUAGAAAAUGGGGUAGACUUUUUCAACAAAAAAAAAAUCCUCCUUUGUUUUUUAUU